UUUCCAAAGUAAUUCCUUACAAAAAUGGCGUGAAGUUAUUAAUUCUGUGAUGUAAAAAUAAAUAAAUUCAUGAAGAGCCCUAAAAUGCUCUCAUUGUCUUCUUCCAAAUUCUUAGGUGAACACAAUUUGGAGAUUUUUUUGGUGGAUACAAUACUGACAACAAAUUGUGUGAAGGUUAAAUAAAGUUAUCUUGAAUGGUAAGUUUGAAAUAAUGGAUGAAGAUAACAGUUUGAAUAUUCGUAAUUGGGGUUACUAUGAACCAACAUCUGUUAAAGGAAAUCUGGGGCUUCAGCUCUUGUCCCCAACAAUGGCUGAGAAACCCUUCUUGGGUGCACGCAGUAAUGCGAUCAUGACAAAUGUGAACGGAGGUUUUCACCAUAGGGAUAUUGGGGUUUCGCAGCCCAUGUCCCCUAUGGAGUACAUGAGGGAUGUUUGGAUAGGUCAUAGAGAGAAGCUUCUCAAUAUGUUGCCUGGAAACCAUAAUUACGAGGGACCUUUACCUGAAACAGCUUCAACUCAUCAUGUGCAAGUGUUUCAACCACCUGAUUCGGAAAAUGAUGAAAUGGUGGACCCAGUUGAAGAGUCUGGUUUUGUAGAAAAGGAAAAUGGUCCCAAUAAAAAGAGGCAGCGUGCUAAUGCCCCAAAAUCCCCUAAAGCAAAGAAGGGUACGAGGGCUCCCAGAGUACCCAAGCCUGAGGGUAGUCCUUCUGUUCAGCGAGUAAGGUCUGCCAAGAAAACCGCUGAAAUUAUGAUAAAUGGGAUCAAUAUGGACAUGCCAGUUAUUCCUAUACCGGUUUGCUCAUGUACUGGCAACCCCCAACAAUGCUAUCGUUGGGGUUGUGGUGGGUGGCAAUCAGCUUGUUGUACGACUUGCAUAUCUAUGUAUCCAUUGCCUAUGAGUACGAAAAGGCGUGGUGCAAGGAUAGCAGGUAGAAAAAUGAGUUCAGGAGCUUUUAAGAAGGUCUUAGAGAAACUUGCUGAUGAAGGCUAUGACUUCUCUAAUCCGAUUGAUCUGAGAACUCAUUGGGCUAAACAUGGUACGAACAAGUUUGUCACUAUCAGAAUUGAUUCACACAUUCUGUACGGUGCAUGUGGUGUAAGUUAAGGUUAUGCAUAACAUUUGGUGAAAAUGAUCGGCACGGCUAUCAGCUCUUGUCUGGAAUGAUGGAUUUGGAUGUCGGAGUGACUUAGCACUUGAUACCAAGGUGUUAUGCACAAAGGGGACCUCCCAGAAGGAGAAGUAGGUUAUGCACUUGCAUUAAGAGUUGUGUGAAGUUAAAAUGUGAAGGUUUAGGUGCUUUCCCAACACAAUCAGAAGGUUUCCCUUGCCCAUUUAUAUUGACAAGUAAAUCAUGUAGAGGCUCAAUGCCUUGCAGUUGGCAGUAAAUAUUGUAUCAUAUUAAGUUUCCUCUGUUUGAAAAUUCAAGCUUUGAUUUUGUAAAAGUUUCAAGACUUGGAGCUGUUGGACUCUAGAUAUCUUGAAUGUUCACAAUUUGUACUUUCCUCGUAUGAUUUUGAAUGUCAAUGGGUAGAGUUUGGUUGGGAUUUUGGUGAAAUAGUGAAGGCGGCAGGGGUUUGGAAAGGGCUGCAGUGUUGUUAUUGCUGGAAUAUUUGAAAUGCCACUUAAUUUGAUGCCGUGUUGUUAGGGAUUAGAAAGGUGCUAGCACCAAGGCAAUGACAAGGUUAAAUAGGCACAAAGGUGGCAUUUUCAUUUCCGCAAAUAUGUUGGUGGUGGUGAUAAAUGUUACCGAAGGGGUCUUGCAUUUAUAAUGACAUGGUGGAGAUGAUGGCAAUGAUACAGUGAAGUUAGAUAUGGCUGUGUUCAAGAAAAUGUACUAAAGUUGUUAAUUGUGCUGAUGGCACGGUAAAAGCAGGAGCAUUGUUGGUAGUUUGGUGGCAGCCAUUACGCUUCCAAUAUGCAGGGGCGAUGUGUUAGCAUCAUCACAAGUUCAUUUUGCUUGAUGAAUGGAGAUGGCAGUGGUAUAAUACUUCUGAGGCUGCAGUGUCUUGCUAGGAUGCAGUGGAGGUUGGAGUGUCAAUUGUAUCAGACUAUAUUCAACGCACAGCAAGAUGAGUCCCAACGAUUUCAAGGCACAGUUUUCACUAUAUUCAAGCAGAGGCACCUUAAUCUAUACCGGCAACUCAGCUGUCCUUGGAGUAGUCUCAGAGUCUUGAGUCCAGCUUGAAUAAGUUGCAUGCAGGUGCCUCUUGUUGGAUUGGUUUUGCGAUAGACGAACUUGAAAUACUCUUGCAAUCAAAUACAUUAAAAAUUUCGAACUCAACUUUCAUGUGUUGCAGUGUAUACUUCUUGUGGCUUUGACUGUGUACAACGAAUUAACAAUUUCUGGGCAGCAGGUAGGCAUGCUGGUGAAGCAAUUACCUUGAUGAUAUAA